AUGGCAAAGUCACAGGCUACUAAAGGAGUAUCCAAAGUACCAAACAAAGUCUUGUACAGUAGAAUGUCAUAUCUCUAUCAAGCAGCAACAUAUCUGGUUGUACAAGACAAAGAAAGUCAAGAACAAUCGGCCAAGGGAACCGCCCUAGACUCAUCAAUGGAGGAUGUCAUGAAGGAUGAGUCAAAGGCUGUCGCAAAUGUCACAGAGGGACCACAUCAAGCUCUCUCCCGUAGAUUAAUCACCGAUCUACGCUCAGUCUCAUUGAAAGGAUUAAUGCGAAUGUCUCCUGAUAUGAAGCAUUCUAUCUGUAAGAAUUGUCAAACUUUGUUGCUGGAAGGGACCACAUGUACUGCCAAAGUUGAAAACCAAAGCAAGGGGGGAAAGAAACCCUGGGCUGACGUCCUGGUUCGAAAGUGUCAUACUUGUGGGCUGGAAAAAAGGUUCCCGCUGGCAACAGAGAGGCAACCAAGGAGACCAAAAAGAUCCAUCCAAGAAGCUAAAUCCAGUGCAGUGUAA